CUCUCACCUCCUAGCCAAAUAUUUGCAUCACUGUACGGAUAACUGCGCAGCUAUCGCCCGUUGAUCUGCGAGAUUGUCCUUGAAUGCCUACCAUGUCCUUCGUAAGCGACACAUCGCCACCCCAAAAUAUCACAGUCCCAAGGACACCAAGAUUGGAUGUUGUUUCUCGCAUGAAAACCUAUUUCGAUACAAUCGACUGGGAAGCUUGCCGCGACCAACCUUUGAAUGUCUCCGAUCUACCUUGGGAUAUCUUACCAAGUCUGGAGCACCUGCGUCCAUCAUCCCGACCCCCUAGAGAUCUGGGUGAUGGACAUAUGGUCACUGAUGAGGAAAUACACGUUACCGAAGCUAUCUUCCGAGAGUUUCAAACCCACUACAUCGAAGCUGGAGCGGUGCCAUCAUCAGUGGCAGAUACAUUCAACGGGGUGCAACAUAGGGGGAAAAUCUGCCUCGUGCUGGAGCUUAUCCAGCAGAGGGAACUUCUGGACAACUUUCUCAAAGCAGGUUUAAUGGACAGCUCCCUUCCGUUCUCCCUGGAUAAACUCACGGACCUAUUCAAAUCUCAUCCAGAGGGAGAGAGGCUUUCGAAACUGUUUGCCACCGAACAGUAUCGCGUCGUGGCAAGGGAAUGGCCGAAAGGGGAGCACAUUGACUUCCAAAGACUCGAACCACUCCCAUUUCGGUACAUUCGCUCAUUAAGUCGCGAAUGGGAGAUGUCAGUGAAUGAGGUUGAACAUCUUGCUUCCAAAAGAAAAUACGCAGAAAAACGUUGGUUCAGCGCUGCUAAAUCUGUCCGUGGCCGCCUGAUGAAAGAGGUGGAAAUGAUGAAAAGGUUGGACACAAGAUACCAUAUACUCGAGCUCUUAGGGAGCUACACCCGAGGAAACCAGAUGGGUCUUCUGUUGCAAUUGGCCGAAUGUGACUUAUGGCAAGCAUUGACGCUUUCUUUGUCUGACAGAAGGAAGAUAAUAUCAGAUGCCACGCUUUGGGAGGCUAUCGGAUGCCUGAGCACUGGUCUUGCUCACAUCCACGAUUGCGGCAUCCGCCACAAGGACCUUAAACCUCAGAAUAUACUUAUCCGUGAUGGACGUCUCCUAUACACCGACUUUGGUAUCUCUCGGGACAUCUCUGCAUUGACGUCUUCGCAAACGGACGGCACUCAGCGAGGCACACCCAAGUACAUGGCACCAGAGCUUCAAAACCGCGGCAAGAGCGGACGCGCUUCAGACGUCUUUUCCCUAGGUUGUGUCUUAGCAGAAAUUUACAGUACACUGAUUGGAUGUCCCCCGGGCAGUCAGGACAGCGUUUCAGCUUUGUCACCUUUCCAUGAAUGUAUUCAGGAUAUACAGAGUUGGCUUAAGGAGCGCUUCGAUGAUGCCAAAAAAGAUGCAGCGAUAAAGGCUGAGCCAAACUCAUACCUUAUUCCGGACGGAUAUGAUUCACAACUUCAGGCACCACUGCAGGUUGUAGUGGUCCAGAAAACGGUAUUAUGGAUCCAAACAUACGCCAAAAUGAUUCAAAAAGAUGCAGAGUGUCGACCAAAGAUACGGGACGUACUCCAGGCACUUGAAUGUAUGGAUACGGCUACCUGCGAAUCAUGCCGUAAAUACGGCCAUUCAAGGACAUACGUUUCAACUUCCCAUUCGACACUGAUGCAGAUCCCAUUUUUGCAGAUACAUGGCCUAUUUCCGCAGAGACAUACACUUGUGGUUUUCAAGACGGCUCCUGGGGCUUCGUCAAAUCAACGAUUGCUCCCUGGCAGCGUUCGGGAAACAUCUAUGCGAUACAUUAAAGCUGACCUACUUCCGUCAGCGGUCAACGGCGGUGGUGGAGGUAGUCAGAUUCCGUCGGCACCCAACGGAGCUUCGCUAUCGCUGGCACGUCUGUUUUCUCAUCACUAGCCUAGUUGAGCAGAGGCUAGUGAGUUCAAACUGAAGAGCAAAGAUUGUGCCGGAGUAAGAGUUGUCCUCACUUACAGCCAGGAAAAUAUCCCUACUAGCUAAAUAAUUAUUUCAUGGUUAUAUGGUAGGCUGAAAAUCGCAGUCGGAACGCCGAGACGUCUACAAAAGUAGCUAUUCAAUUCACUGUACUGGGCUUUCAAUUCAACAACCACUAUAUAGUUAUCAAAACAGAAACCAGAUGUAAACAUCGCC